GCCCCUAAUUUUUUUUGCACAGUUCACCGCCAUAUUAGGUGUUAUAUAAUGUGAAUAAGAUAUUUCCCAUCCUUAUUCAUUUCGGGUUUGAAACCACUGCAGAUGGCAUUUAAUAAUUGUCUGAAGCAACUGAAAGCUUCAAUAUUGUUGAAUCUAUUUUGAAAUGACAAUUUCCAUUCAAAUAUUCAUCAGGUAAAGCUUCUUUUUAUCUUCAAAUACCUGUUCACAAUUCACAAAGUGGGGUUUGACCAGGGGAUCUUUUUACCCCCUAACUGAGAAAGUGCAGACAACUUAUUUUCUUUUCAUAAAUAAUGUUUUGCUGUCACUAAUGGGCUCUCACACAGCGCACAGGAAGCAAUGCAUCCAAACAAUAGAGAAACGCACCCAUAGAAAGCGGGAUACAUCAAUAGAUUCCUCUGCUUGGUCACCAAAGUCAGUGCAUACUGUACAUUUCGUGCUGACUCAUGUCAGCAAUUCUGGGCAAAGACGAGCACAAACCAGUAAAGUUUAUUGGAGUUUGGUAGAAAAGGGACACUGCAGGACCAUUGAGCACCAUUACAUGACGCAUCGUAAACUGUCAUCUUCCUCCACGUAUUUCUGUUCUCCCGGCGCUAAAGCCAUCCGUUCCUAUUGACAGCAGAGCAGAGUCAGAGGGAGAGCUAUCCUCUACCUGUCACAGCAAGCUGGCACUGAGGAGCUCCUCCUGUACCUCUGCCAUUCUUUUAUUCACCUCACAGAAUUGGCGGUUUUCAGACCUGGAAGCUGUCAUGCGUCGGUUUAGAAGUGCAUACCGCUCGGUGCAGAAUUCAUUUUAAAAGGCUCCCACACAUACGCUCUUUGAAAUGAUUUAAUUGACUAAUUGUUUUUUGCACUGUAUGCAGCAUCUGACAUCUUCUCGAGAUUAUAAGCCUUGUGAAAAAAAAAAAAAUCAUUGAUUGGGAUCAACUUCUGCCUUUAAAUUCUACUCAUCUCGUAUCAUUUGUUUGUAUAUUUCACUUUUAUUUUACUGGAAUAGUCUCUUGAGAUUAAAAUCUCUCAUUCGGGGAAUUCCUGGACAACAUGACAGCACAGUUAGUUUACACAAGCUGGAAAUGUGCAUUAUAGCAACAUUAUAGCAACAUUAUAGCAUGAAUACUUCAAAAUUUGUUUUACAGAAUACAAUUGUCUCUGUUUUACUAUUAAUCUUCAAUAGUCACAAUAAACAAUAAUCAUCUGUGUUAUUUCUAUGUCGGAAUGAAAACCCCAUCACUUAAUUAAACAUGUGUGCACUGUAUGUCUGUGUAGAUUCAUUUUUAGUCAUCCAGAUAUUACACCAUCAGGUCAAAAUGUAAUCUCUCGGUUGUCUGGCAAAAUGUCCUCAUCUCUACAGCUGCAGUCCAGUGGAUAGUUUAAUUUAGAUCUGAAGAAUAUACUGUAGUUGAGUGCACGGCCAUUACACACACUGCACACCCCAUCCUCAUUUCCAUAUCAUAACUUGAUUAUUAGUGCUGCUGGCAGAGCGGUAGACAUGCAGAAACUGUGGAUGAGAGCGAACUAAUGGGUGUCAGAGCAGAUGCCGGCCCAGACAUCCCCUCUUCCUGUGCAGGAGGGGGGGCAGCCUGCUUCCCGUCACCUCGCCGCCAGAGGCCACCAGCUUGAUAAAAUAACAGCUGUAUUUGGCAUAUUGGGCUGCGAUGAUAGCGAGGCCUCGGUGACUUGCUUCAUUUGACUGCAGAAAUAGCGGAGAGGCAAAAUAGCACAUCUGGACCCCCCACCACGGGCUCAACAAGCUGGAAACUGAAAGAGCGCAGUGGUGGGUUUUCCUGCCUGACUGCGUGUCAUUUACACACCAGCAAACACAUUUCAGAGAAUUGUCAAGACUGUCUGGACUUAAAAGCUGAUAUUGGUAAACAAGUUUGAGUCAUAGAUUUAACAGGUUCAAAUCUCGCCCAUGGCCCUUCGUUGCAUGUCAUUCCCACUCUGUCCUAUACAUUAAAGGCAAAAGCCCCCAAAAAUAGUAUAAAAAAGAAAAAGCAUAUUAAAAGUAUGUUCUGCAAUAACAUAUAGCCUAGAAAUAAACAUUGUUCAUUAAAAAAUAAAUGGUUCAACACAUAAAAGAAGAAGGAAAUUAAAAAGUAAGUUAUACCAGCAAUGGCAUUACACCCACACUGCACAUUAAAAUAAGAUUGGAUCCUUGCAUUGUUGCAUGUCUUACAUAUUAAUGAGCUUAAAGGCCUGCAGAUAAAACACGUGUGCAUAUGUCUCUGAGAAAUGUGAGCCUGACUAUAAUAUUCUAGAAACCAGGAGAACAAUUUUGUUAUGUUCCUUCAGGUUUUUUACAGACCACCAUUAAGCCUCUGGUGAGGAUACCUUCGGCGGUGCACUGAUAAAAAGGUCAUCAGUGCUAGAUUGCACUUUGCCGGCAGGUGUAACUGUUAUUUUGCCUUAUUAUAUCCACCUCUAGGGGGGGGGGGGGGCGGCAUCUAAUUGGACAAAUUGUCAUUGACUAUAGACUGCUGCAGAAUUACAUAUUUUGUAUUUUGAUUACGAUUUUUGAAGCAUCAUUGCAAUGGCCAGAAGUAAAGACCUAACAUCAGACCAUAGACGAACUACACCCCAUGUCGUAUGACUUCACAUCACCACCACUAAGUUAAAGGCGGACUAGUGUUUGGCCGCCUGUAAUCAAACACCUUUUUGUGGACGAACAAAAGCUUCAAAAUUGUGAGAUAUCUGCUGACAUUUUAUAUGGCAGAACAAAACGUUAAAAUCUCUUUAUCUUGUCUAAACCACAGACUUUUCUUUAAUCAUCCAACGAAAAACACAUCCAAAAAAACACAUUGACUUCAAGAAGAGGGAACUGGAAGUAUAAAAAUACGAAGUCAUUGCCGGGUUUUAGAACUCAUUCCUGUGUUUGAUCUCAACUAGUGAGAAAAGUCAUUGUUUUUUGAUCUGAGGAUGUCAAUUUGAAUUAGUUUUGUAGAUUCUUCACUGGUUCAGUUCUUUCAGUCUGAUUGAGUUAAUGUGGAAACAUUGCCUCGUGGGUGCUUUCUUGGUUCAAAAUUUCACAAUUAACAUUUGUCAUUUCGAUAUACAACAUUUAGAAAAGAAACCCUUCAUUCAUCAGCCCACCAAGAUUUUGGUCUGUAUGUUUUGUUCACAUUUUACCUUUGGAGAUUUAUCUCAGUUCAGUCAGGAACACUCUCGUCAUAGAUUUCUAUCUAUUUGUUGCCACAAAUGGAAAUAUAGUUAUACUUGGCGCUGGUGCCUCCACUCUUAAAAUGCUCCCUGGAUUUAGCCAAGCACCUACUGAUCCAAAACAGGGAGCACGAUUAGCAUGAUGCAUGAACCCACCGCGUAUACAGGAAUGAGCCCGAGGUAAACUUUGAAUACCAUUUCAACCGUUUGCAAUGCAAAAUGAACUCUGAACUAAAGAAGGGUGGAGGAGGCAAAGCUUUGCCAGCAGCACGGUCUGUAACAGAGUUGGUGUAGAAAGGAUCAGUGAGGAGAGAGUCAUAUUUAAAUGAACCUCCUCGAGGUCAGAGUGGGCUGUGAUUGGUGUGUGGCCGAUUGGAAGCGAUGAUUCAAUCGUCUGGCUGUCAGCUGGUUACAGCUUUGGGGCGUAAGACUUCCGUGUCCUGCAUGAAUUUUGAUGCUUACCUGUGCAAUGCCACAGUUGUUGCUGAUUCAGGACAGGGUGGGGUGGGGUUCUCUGAGCGUACCUGACUUGGCCAAAUUCCUAUGGCAUUUGCACCUGAAUGCAAAGGCAGCAGCGACUGUUGGCUGAGCUUUAAAGUUUCUAAGGAGGAGAGAGCAGCAGCUCUUAAGUGGCUCCUAGGAUGUUAACAGCACAAUUAAACAAAGCUCUGCUAAUCUUUACAGCUGGCGUCAAGAGGCAUUGUGUUCUCACAGAGCAGUGUUAUCCGUAGCAUGGCACUGGGAGUCCGACUGGUUGGAUAAUGUGCCCUACAAGCUGCCACCAACCUCAUCACAGCAGUGCCUGAUGAAUUAGCAUUAUUCAAUUAGAUGCGCUCCACUUAUCUGUUACGGCAUAUACAGAAAUGUAAAUUGACCUCAAGUUUGGAGGUAAUGAAUUUGAUUAUGGUAGUGCAUGUAAUUUCCUGGCAUUUGGGAAUGAAAGAUUUAGCUUAUUACACUUUCCUCACAGUGAUGGUGGAAAGCUAUGCAGCGUGAUGCAUUUUUAAAGGUCCCCUUUCCUGAUGUAUGUCUUGUAUCAUAAUGACAGAAUUUUCCACUUUUGUUUUAUUGUAGCCUGAAACACAUCCAAGCUUAAUUUUCAUUACUUGUUCAGUGCAGAUCCACCAUCAAUUCUGACAACCUGUCACAGGUUGGAGUUCUAACUCGUUUACUUUAUACCAGCUGGAGGGCUUCGUCUGACCCUGCAGACACUCAAAACUUAACACUUAGCCCUCAAGUAGUUUGAAAACUAUCCCGCUAAACUUUGGGGACGCUGAUGGAUGGAAAUAAACAACCUGCUGAUGUGUCCUAAUAUGAAAGACUUGGAUAGAUAUUUUAGGGUGGGGUGGAGAGAUGCUAUCUUAGGUCUAUUAAUGUAGUCAUUGCUGUGUUGCCCCAGGCCGUAGGGCCUAAUCCAGAGGAGUGAGAGUGAAUGGGACCGUGGCUCGGGCUUGCCAGACCUACUUAGGUUCUGGUUGAGAGCACAGUGCUGUGUGGGCGAAUCUAUUCUGUCCUGGGCAGGGCACAGCAUAAACAUUGCCCAGGGAACGCAGGCAUGCAAGCAGGCAGGCAGGCAUGCAAGCAGUCAAGCGGACAAGAGAAAAACUAUAAGGAUGGUUGCCUUUAAUUUCCUUUCCACUGACUCCCUUCAACUGUCCAGGGCCUGAGAGCAAGAGAGGGUAAAGAGACAAUUGAGUGUGUAUGUGUGUGGAAAUUACCUGUAGAGAUCUUUUUUCUGGGGCUUCACCAAAGCAUGUAUUGCUAUCCACCCUCCUCUCUCGCUCUUUCUCACACACACACACACACUCUCUCCAUCACACUCUUUCACGGCAAAUCUGCCCCGAUCCAUCCAGCUGACGGCCGUGAAGCAAUGACUCGUGUGCUCUCUUACUGUCUUUAAGUGAUCUGUAUUUGCUCCAUGGCACUCUGGCGCUCCGACCUUCUGACCUUGUGUGUAAACAGAGCACCGCUACUCCCCCAUCCACUACCCCGCCGCCACCAUCCCCCACCCUCCACUACCAAAUAAGGAAGACGGAGCCACUGAGAGCCAGCAAGUCGGUCAGCCAACCCACUGAGGAGGCCAUUAGUGAGCCAGCAAGCCAGCGGAGGGGUUGGUAGAAAACCACCUCUGGCAUCACUCAUCACCCCCUACCUCUCUGGCCUCACCCGCCUCUCCGCUGUGUAGAAAUGCGCAAGCACGCGCACUCUCACGCCAUGUGCAGAAACACUCGCUGCAAGGCACACUUAUAUCUGCACACAGCACCACGCGCACAGUGACCCGAAAGCGUUAAAGGCACGGAAAUGUACACGCACACAGUACUCUGUAUACAAUGGCAUACAUUCAAAGGCGCAUAUGCUUGAACAUACACACAGUGAAGGACACAUUUGCACACGCAGCACAUUAAAUUCACUCAGAAGCACACACAUUUACAAAAGACGUAUUCACGGGAUGCUACGCAUACACAACAUGUAAUGACAUGUUACUGCAUAAAUACACCCCCAAAGAGCAUAAAUUAUAUGCUGGGUUGUUUCAGCAAAACAAUAAAAUAGGUUGCUGAAAGAUGGAUUCAUAUGUUGAUGUACCAUUACGGAUAACUGUCACUCAGUAAAAGGGCUUAUUACCACACUAAAAACAAGCCAGCACAAAAAGACAUUGAACAUGAGAAGGCAAUAUAACUUUUAUAUGUCUAUUUGUAGAAAUUAUAACUUUACAUCAGCAAAGCUGAUAUCUGAUCUGAAGUUUACAUUUGGUCAAUUUUAUCCCAAACAUGACAGGAUUGCUGUUUACACAAAUAGUCCUAUCAUAACUCUCAUACAGCAUUUGGACAUAAAACACAGACUAAGGAUACAAAUCUUUAAUUAUCUUUGCCACUAAAUCAUACCUCUAAAUUGUGGAAUACAUUAUUUUCCUUUCAGGAAAAUGAAAUAAUACAUUAUUUUCUAAAAAUCAAAUGGAUUCAAAUCAAAUGUGCUUGCAAAUCGUGCAGACUCCUCUUCAACAUACAGUAGCCGUCGUCCAUGACUGUGGAAUAUACAGUGUGUAAUAAAAGGCAAAUACUGGUCUAACCCUAUACACAUGAUAGGCUACACAACAGUGGAGAACAUAUGCAACCUACUAUAGUUUACAAUAUUCACAGUUAAACUAACUGUCCGCUCAGUCCAGUAAUGCCAACUUGGAAACUGAAAUGCACUGCAGCAUUGGGCACCAUAUAAAACAACAGUGUUUAACAGUAUUCGCAAGACACAGUUAAAACACCCCCUCUCUGUCUGGGUUUUAGUCUCUUUUCCCUCUGUCCUUGCUCUUUCUUCCGUAAUACUUUGGUUCAUUUAGCUGCACUCUUUCACCUGCCUCCAAAUGUCAGCUGAGUUCAACAGAGCUGGAGGGAAAACACUCUCGGAGAGAAAGCCAUAUUGAGAGUGAGUCGGUUAAAAGAAAUGCAGGAGAAUUGAGGAAGAAAGCGAGGCAAGAGUAAGUAAGUGUCUGGUAACCGAAAAGAACCGGGUUAUGCAGACUCUAAUGUGAUAAAAACAACACCCUAUAAUUUAGGUAUUCAUCUGAUGUCUUCAACACAAAGACCAUUGUUAGACUUGCGAAGUGGGAGUCUUAUUAUGUAAUCAUGCCAGGAUGCAUUUAAUGACAGAUUGGAUGCACAACAAUGGGACUUUGCUCACAUUUCUGUGAAGAGUGAACAAUUCACAACACAAGACCAGUGAGAAGCGGAACCAAAAUGUCACCAAAGUUUAAAAAAAAUAAUACAAAAACACAGGCCACAGAUGCUGCACUGUUUUUGUUAUCAAUGGGGAAAAAGAAAGCCGAAUUUAAAAAAGAACACUAAGCAUUGAGUUGCAAUGUAAUAUGUUCAGAUAUUGUUUGAAUUGCUGUAAAUUGAAACGUAAAGACAGAUUGUAAGAGUGGCCUGUUGUUAGAAGGUACGAUUUGAAACUUGCAGUGCCCACAUGUCCUUUUGAACUAUGAUCCUCAGUACGACAGUGGAAAACAUGAACAUUGAUGUGUGUGUCACAGAGCAAUGCACUCCAGUGGCACCUGAAGAACUCAAAAAUCCCUGAAAGUGCAGAGAGAGCUAUCAGAUUUAUUCUAGCAGCGUGUAAUUCAUUGCAUUCCCAUCCCCUUUUCAGUACACCCACCGAGCUCCCAUCUCCAUUCUCAAACUCCUGUCUAUUGCCGUGCUCACUUGUGUAUCAAGGUAAUGAAUUCAUAAUCGCUCUGAAGCUCUUUGUAGAUCUCUAUCACGGUGGGAGAUAAGAGGGAGCAUCAUUGCACUCUAAUAGCCGUCAGUCUGCCUGUGUUCCUGCUUGCUGUUUGUGUGUAUUUGUGUGUGUGUGUACAGUAUGUGUGUGUGUGUGUUAAGCACAUCAACACAAACCCCAGCAUGCUAUCCUCCAUUUUGGCUUCCAGGGACAAACAGGAUUCUAGCCAACAGCACAGUCACUUAUCAGUGUACUGUGGAGGCUACAUGCCCACCAAGGCGGACGUGCUUACCGUUCCUCUAUCCGAGAUGGAUAAGCACUCAGCGCCGGUCCACUUUCUCUCUUUCUUCCAGUGUCUUGUUCACACGGAAACACCACACAGUACUUUCCAACUUAGCUGACAAACACUCAACCACAGGAAGAGUAAAUAUCUGACAGGGUGAGGCAGGCUCAGAGUAACUAAAGUUGAGGCUGGGGGUGGCUCUCGAAGGGCCGUCGACUGCUGCGUGCACGUUUUUAAUUGUGUUUUCGUGGGGUGAUGAAAUGUCCUCCAUUUGAGCGCGAGCUGGCAGUAAGUGGGCUGUCGCCUCCAGGGACAGAGUGAGCGAUGGCCCGCUGCUAUCGGAGGUGAUUGUGCCUCAGCCCCUUGGGGUGACAGAUGAACGGAGGGGAGCAGGGAGACAAUAAGGAGAAGAAGCAACAUUCCUUUUUUUACAGUCUCACGUAGUGUUUAAAACAGGACAGGGGGGGCAAGAAAGAAUGCAUGUAGAUUUGGACAAACAACAUUUGGGCAGUGUUUACAAGUUGGUAACACUCCGCUCUUUUGUUGGCUUUUGAGUUGAGCAGUGACAUAUUGAAGGAAACCCGCCAAUGUAUAUACAUUGUUGUUAACUAAAUAAAGUGGCUGACCUUGUGAUGGUGGCAGACAUAUUUUUUAUUUCCUAUUUGUGUAUGAAAAGCAAAUAAUAUAUGCUUUAGGCCUUUUUAAGGGGAUAAAGCAAAAACGAAUGCUUUUAUAAUCUCCGCUCUUAAUAGUGUAUAUGUAUUUUUAAAGUAAUUAUGACCACCAACUGGGCAAUGUUAUCGUCUACUGUCUUUACUUUUCUGUGUCAACGGACGUCCAUAUCAUGUUCAUGUUGAUUUUCAUCACCCAGAGUCCUUUAAUAUAAUUCUAGAAGCAUUCUUCUCCCAUGAACGGCUUUUGUUUUCUGGCAUGCCGGUGUGUCUUUGUUUGAGAACAGUGAUGAGCAACAAGCAUCAUGGUGUGGAUCACCUUCACUUGUAGCCAUAACAGCUGACAGACGGAGGCCGGCAGUUUCAACAAGGUUCGCUGGUCGUUCGGAGAAUCUUCACAUAGUACAUGUUGUUACACAAUUCGGUAACAAGACGCAAACGAUGAAGCGCUUUCCCUCGAGCACGUGCCACAUCUUCCGCUCUCUGAAUUUACAUGGCAUUUAUGAACACUCACAAGGAAAACAAAAAGUGGAGAGGGAGAGCAGGGGAAGAGAGCUCCUAGUGUGGAGGAGUCUCAUUAUUCUGUUAUGGAUUGCACAUGUCAGGCGGUAAGUGCUCUUUUUAUCCUUCUAAAGCACUAGCCUCGGCCACUGAGCGCAUUUCCCUACCCGAGUGAAAUUUACCAUGUUAAGGCUCAUGCCACCAUGGGAAUGGCAGUGAGAGCUCUGGGUUGCCGCUAAGAUUUACCGGCCUGAUUAAAUAAGGGGCCGUAGUGUGAAUAAGUGGCCAAGGGAAAAGUCCACGUAACAUAAACGCAUGAUUUUUAUUCAUCAGUUAAAUUGAUUAGACCCACACACACACACACACACACACACACACACACUUCACUCCCCUCUUCACCUCUUUACGGUGUGUUACAUGUCACGCUGGGUUUUAAACAAAAAGCAGAGAGAGGGCAGUGGAGGAUUGCUUGUGGCUCAGGGUGGCUUUCUGCCAACACACAGCUAAGAUGGGUCUUUUUUAAAAGGGCCUGUUCCCAUCCAUUACUGCCUGCAUACCUUGAAAAGUUCACACAAAAUAUAUUGCUACUCUCCUUCCAAUUGGGCAGGAGAGGCCUUUCAUUUGAUGCACUGCGCCUCACAAAAUGUAGCCCCGUCCUAAUUCAAUCUAAUUUCUUCAAUUUCCCAUCAUACACCCUGGUCCUUAAUGCUCCAGUAAGGUGAUUUGACGUAGCCAGUAACCAGCGUUUUUCAGCUGAGCAGUGGUGGCUGGGCUAGGGGAUAACCUUUCUCCCAUAAUUCAAAUAAAUGUCAAAAACUAAAUUUUGAGGAAUUGAUAAAUAGUGGAAAAGUGUCUUCAAAUACUCAUAUAAGCUUUAAGAUGACUGUGAAGUACCCUCAACUGAAAGCGUACAAAUACAAAAUAAAUUGAUUUAAAAUGAAUUAAAGUGGAACUGGAAACCACUGUUGCUUCUAAAACCUGUUUAUCUAAUGUAUUCAGAUGUACAUUUACAGUAUUGACCAAUUGUUUACAAACAGUACUUCAGAGCCCCUGUGGGUCAGUGGACUCUUGUGCUUUGCCUCCCUGGUGGACAAAGGGACUCCAUUGUCACUAUUCAAAUUCAAAUUCUACCAGCCAAUCAGAGUUGCUGCUUCAGCUCAAAACCAAUGUGAUUGUGUGAAAUCAGGUCCAAAUCCCUCCUCACUGAUAGCAAAGUGAAAGGAGGACGAACCAAAGGUUGUUGAAAGUCAAUGUAAAAUGUUUCGCUUUUAUUUGGCAUUUGAGUAAUUACUAGAUCAAUAUUCAUUUUUAUUGCAGCUAAUUGUUUGUUGUGCUGUUGUUUUGUAGCACAUCAUAGCUCAACAUUAUUAAACAAAUUAAUUAAAUAAUAAUAAAUGAUACAAAUGUAUUAUCACUGAAAUGAAAAGAAUUGAUGCUAAUUUGAUUUGCUUUGAAAUGUAAACGGGAACAAGGACAAACGGGACAUGUCAUGGUAGAGUGGCUACUGAAAGCAAUAAAUAGUCUUUACAAAAUUAAAACUAAGUCACGUUUCCAAAUCGUGACCAUGUCACAGAACACUUCCUGUUUGUUCCAGCCUUGUAUUUUAGCUGCAUUGCAGUUUAUAGACUGUAUAUUGUGUGUAGGCUACUAUGUGACAUGUUUAUUUAUGAUGCAACUGGAUUGAUAAUGGCUACUUGCUUAAUAUGCACUGAAGAUCACUGUGUCGUUUAUCUGGACAUGUAAAGAAAUUGACUAUUACAUCCAUAUUGGUUCAUUGAUUACCCACAUUUUAGCAUUUUUGGGCCACUGACUUCUUGCAUCUCUCUCAGUGCUCAAGGUCAUUCUGGCAAAUGCAUAGAAAUAUGUUUUUUUAACAUAUCUUGUGUUAUAUCAAAUUAAUUGAUAUUUUAUUGCAAAUCAGUUGAAAACUUUAGCCUCGCAGUUUGUAGGCUAAAAAGUCCAAACUCGUGCUUUACUUCCCUGCACCAUUGCUCUGUGUAUUUGUCGUCUCUUCAUUCUGUCAUCGCAGCCCAGAUUUAUGAAAAUAAAAGAUCAGCCGCAGUAACUCGUUUCGUUACAGGCCCCACUGUGAUAUGAUUUCCGACGGAACGUGCUUGAACGCACCGAGUGGUAGGAUUUACGAUUCAGGGGAAGUCAAGAGACGAAGUUUAUGAGGCGGCAUUGAACGCAGCACAAGGCUUCGUAUUUUUUUUCCCUGCAAGAGAGGGGAGGGAGAAGGGGGGGGGCAUUUGACUCCUGCCCCCCCCCCCCAGUCCGUACGAGGUGGAUUUGGGAAGAAAGGGACCAAAACCUGGGACGCGGAGAUAACGACAGACAUCAAUAAAGUGGAUACACAUUUGGAGAUCCGCGCGCGGCGGUGUCGCGCACGGAUUAUUAUAGGGUGUUUAAUUUCCCUUUCACUGAGGAGAUUCUGGCUCGGAGCGUCUGAUCUGUUUGGGGGGGAAAGGAAUACAAACGCACGGGGAAUAAUAGAAGUGUUUUGUACUCGCUCCCCCCGUUAACAAGUGACUGCUCUGCUGCUCAAGAAAGUGGAAUAUAGCGGAGUGUUUUUUCUUCUUCUUCCUACCGUCGUGGAUGCGAAGUAACUGUUUUUCUAAAGGGAAUACGACCGCUCACCCACCAACCAAUACGGAUUUAAAAGCUGUCCCCCCGUUAACCAACUAGGGGGGUAGUCUGAGAAAUACUCUUCUCACGCCGUUGAAAGUGCCAAGCCGUCCUGCGUGAAGACCCCAACCUUCCCUGCGCAGUCGGGGCCUUGGCUCUCCGGCCGGGUCAAAGAUCAGUCCCGCCCCGCCCCUCCCUGCCCCCCGCCCCCCCUCCCUACCGGAGCCAAGAUGGCCGACGGCGGUGCUCCUCGCCUCUCCUUGCCACUCCUGCUGCCCGUCGCCACUCUGCUGCUAUCGCUGUUGCUCACCAGCUCCCACGCCUUAUCAUCACCGCGGUUCACUAAAGUUCCCGUUGACCAGAUUGGCGUCUCGGGGGGCGUGGUCUCCUUUGUGUGCCAGGCAACAGGCGACCCCAAGCCGAGGGUUAGCUGGAACAAGAAGGGCAAGAAGGUCAACUCCCAGCGUAUAGAGACCAUUGAGUUUGACGAGGGUGCCGGUGCCGUACUCAGAAUCCAGCCUCUCCGAGCGCCACGUGACGAGAACAUCUACGAAUGCGUUGCUGAGAACAGCGAGGCAGAGAUUACUGUCAAUGCCAAGCUGUCCAUCAUCCGAGAGGACCUGCUCCCGCCAGGCUUCCCUAACAUUGACAUGGGCCCUCAACUCAAAGUGGUGGAGCGCACUCGAACAGCCACCAUGCUCUGUGCUGCCAGUGGCAACCCUGACCCAGAAAUCACCUGGUACAAAGACUUCCUGCCCAUUGACCCCAGUGCAAGUAAUGGGCGAAUCAAACAGCUACGCUCAGAAGCCUUUGAGGCUACCCCGAUUCGAGGUGCCUUGCAGAUCGAGAACAGCGAGGAGACCGACCAGGGGAAGUACGAGUGCGUGGCGUCUAAUGUGGAAGGCGUGCGCUACUCGUCCCCUGCUAACCUUUAUGUGCGAGAGCUUCGAGAAGUCCGGCGGGUGCCUCCACGCUUCUCCAUUCCACCGACGAGUCAGGAAAUCAUGCCCGGUGGCAGUGUGAACAUAACAUGUGUGGCGGUGGGGUCGCCCAUGCCUUACGUCAAGUGGAUGCUGAACUCAGAGGAUUUGACACCAGAGGAUGAGAUGCCAGUGGGCAGGAAUGUUCUCGAACUGAGCAGCGUCCGUGAGUCAGCCAACUACACCUGCGUGGCCAUGAGCAGCCUUGGCAUCAUUGAAGCUGUGGCGCAGAUCACUGUCAAAUCUCUCCCCAAGCCUCCAGGUACCCCUGUGGUUACUGAAACCACUGCCACCAGUGUGACCAUCACCUGGGACUCGGGCAACCCAGACCCAGUGACUUACUAUAUAAUCCAGUAUAAGGCCAAGUCCCCAGACAGCAAGUAUGAGACGGUGGACGACAUCACCACUACACGUUACAGCAUUGGUGGCCUCUACCCCAACACAGAGUAUGAAAUCCGCGUCUCAGCCGUCAACACAAUUGGCCAGGGUCCUCCCAGUGAGCCAGUAGAAACCCGGACUGGUGAACAGGCCCCUGCCAGUCCACCACGAAACAUUCAGGCCCAGAUCAUAUCCCAAAAUACCAUGAUGGUACGCUGGGAAGAGCCUGAGGAGCCCAAUGGGCAGAUCAAGGGCUACCGUGUUUAUUACACCAUGGACGAUUCCCAGCCCAUGAGCCUCUGGCAGAUCCAUAAUGUCCAGGACAGCAUCAUCACCACUAUCCAGAGCCUGGUUCCUCAAGAGACGUACACAAUCAAAGUCCUAGCAUUCACCUCUGUAGGCGACGGACCCUUCUCAGAGCCCAUCCAUGUCAAAGUACUGCAAGGAGUUCCAGGUCAACCAUCCAAAUUUCAGGUCGGUGCUGUUUCUGAUACCAGCAUUGAACUGACCUGGGAAGCUGCCUAUGACAAAGAAGGAAUUGUAAACUAUGAACUUCACUAUAUGGAAGACAGUUUUGGCACCCAGAUGAAGAAAACAUUUGGACCCGCAUCUUCAUAUGUUGUGGAAAAUCUCCGCCCACACACAAAGUACCACUUCUCUCUGGCAGCCAUCUCUAUCAAAGGCAUCGGAGCCUUCACCAAUGACAUAUCACAGAAGACCUUGCAAGCCAAGCCCUCAGCCCCCCCUCAAGACAUUAAGUGCAGCAGCACCAGCUCCACCGCCCUGCUGGUAAGUUGGCGCCCCCCGCCUUUGAUGAGUCAGAACGGUGUCCUGGCGGGGUAUAGGGUGCACUACCAGGUGGUGGGCCUGUCAGAAGGCGGCAGUGACGACGGGGAGCCCCUGGAAGAGCCCACAGUCCCUGCCACUGAAGAGCAGGUGCUGCUGCAGCGAUUGGAGAAGUGGACCCAGUACCGCAUCACUGUGUCCGCCUUCACUGUGAUCGGGCCAGGCCCUGAGAGUGAGCCCCUGAUCUGCCGCACAGACGAAGACGUUCCUGGGGCUCCUCCAAGGCGAGUGGAGGUGGAGGUCCUCAACUCCACAGCACUAAAGGUGAUGUGGCGCUCCCUGACGCCAGGCAAGCAGCACGGUCAGAUCCGUGGCUACCAGGUACACUAUGUACGCGUGGAAAAUGGCGAGUCACGGGGCCCACCCCACAUCAAAGACGUCAUGCUUGCCGAUGCCCAGUGGGAAACGGACGAUACAGCUGAAUAUGAAAUGGUCAUUGGAGGACUCAAGCCAGACACCACUUACUCCAUCACGGUGGCAGCGUACACCACCAAGGGGGAUGGAGCCCGGAGCAAACCCAAACUGGUGGUGACCAAAGGGGCAGUGCCUGGUCUUCCCUAUCUGUCGGUGGCACAGGACUCAGAAACAUCAGCUGUGGUUCGCUGGGACCCUCCAGAUCUCACCAAUGGCAUGGACCUGCAGGGUUACCGGCUCCAGUUUGGCCGGAAAGAUGUCUCUCCUUUGGCCACACUGGAAUUUGCUCCCCAAGAACGACAGUACUCUGUGGGCAACAUUCACCGGGGGGCCACUUAUCUCUUUAAAGUUUCCGCCAAGAGCAGGGGGGGCUUUGGGGAAGAGGCUUUGGUAGAACUCAGUGUGCCCGAGAAGACGCCAGGGGGAUACCCUCAAAUUGAUGAGGGUUCCAACGUGACAUGCUGCUCAGUGCGGCUGUCCUGGUCUCCUCCCGUGCUGGCGGAGAGAAACGGGGUAAUCACAGAGUACACGUUGGCCUAUAAGGAAGCCGGUACAGGAGGAGCACCGCUGGAGCUCCGCUUUCCCCCCAGCCAGUCCAGCUAUGUUCUCAACAGCCUCAAACCGAACUCGGCGUACGAUGUGAAAAUACGUGCGCACACCAUUGUAGGUCCAGGGCCCUACAGCCCGCCUAUCCAGUAUCGGACGGUGGCCUUUGAUCCAGAUGUUCCAAAGAAUUUCACUGUCAAGUGGGCCACCAAAACCACAGUAGUCAUUGCAUGGAAGUUCUCUGAAAGCAGGUCUCCAUACAAAUGCACGAUUGAGUACAACCGUCAAAAGAUGGAUGUGGAUGCCAGGCAGAUGAGGGUUCUCGUCACUGGGCUAAAGCACAACACCACCUACGAGUUCAGGGUGACCUGCCAAGAAAGCAUUGACGGUGGACCAAGACACCGUGUGGUUGCCAAGACCGCACCUCUCAUCCUGCUCAAGAAACCCAAGCUGGACAUCUAUGCUGAGCCCGACAACAUUCUCACCAUGUCCUUCCCACCGGUCGAUACCAAGGAUGUCAAGAACUUCUAUGUGGUUGUGGUGCCACUUAAGAGGACCUCAGGAUCUGUCAAAAACCUGAAGAACCCAGAUGAGAUGGACAUGGAAGAGCUGUUGCGGGAGGUGACCCCAAAGCGACGUUCACGCCGUCAGCUAGCUCAGCUGGACCAGAGGAAGCCCUACAUCACAGCCUGCUUCAGGCAGCUGCCCUCCAGCUUCACGGUGGGAUCCGACUACCGCCACAGCAGCUGUGAGAACAAGCCUCUUGAACCUGGCCAGGAGUAUGUCUUCUUCCUGUUGGCUGAACUCAAUGCCACUGGGAAAAUGUUUGCUACCAGCCCUUAUACCGACACGGUGAUGACUCCCAAGAUGGAAAUGGAACCCCUGCAAGUAGAGACUGGUGACGGACUCAUAUGGGUGGUGGGCCCAGUCCUCGCCGUGGUCUUCAUCAUAUGCAUCGUCAUUGCCAUUCUCCUAUAUAAAAACAAACCUGACAGCCGCAAGAGAAAAGAGUCAGAGCCGCGCACGAAAUGUCUGCUGAACAACGCAGACAUUACACCCCACCACCCUACAGACCCUGUGGAGAUGAGACGCAUCAACUUCCAAACUCCAGAUUCUGGUCUAAGCAGUCCUCAGAGUGAAGCAGAUUUUGACUAUGAAAGUAUGAUGACUCAUCCUCCCAUCCCCAUAUCAGAGCUGGCUGAACACACAGAGCUUCUCAAGGCCAACGACAACCUCAAGCUCUCCCAGGAAUAUGAGUCUAUCGAUCCAGGCCAGCAGUUCACCUGGGAACAUUCCAACCUGGAGGUGAACAAGCCCAAAAAUCGCUACGCCAACGUCAUCGCCUACGACCACUCCCGCGUCAUUCUGGCUCCCAUCGAGGGUAUCACAGGUAGCGACUAUAUCAACGCCAACUACAUCGAUGGCUACAGGAAGCAGAACGCCUACAUCGCCACCCAGGGUCCAUUACCAGAGACGUUCGGGGACUUCUGGAGGAUGGUGUGGGAACAGAGAGCAGCCACUGUGGUUAUGAUGACCAGGCUGGAGGAGAAGUCACGGAUUAAGUGUGACCAGUACUGGCCCAGUCGCGCCACAGAAACCUAUGGUAUGACCCAAGUGACCCUGUUGGACACCAUAGAAUUGGCCACUUUCUGUGUCCGCACUUUCUCCUUGCACAAGAAUGGCUCGAGUGAGAAGCGGGAGGUUCGUCAAUUCCAGUUCACGGCGUGGCCUGACCACGGAGUACCAGAGUAUCCGACCCCCUUCCUGGCCUUCCUCCGUAGGGUGAAGACCUGCAACCCGCCUGACGCCGGACCUAUCAUCGCCCACUGCAGUGCGGGUGUCGGCCGGACGGGUUGCUUCAUUGUCAUCGACGCCAUGCUCGAACGUAUCAAGCACGAGAAGACGGUCGACAUUUACGGCCACGUGACGCUGAUGCGCUCGCAGCGGAACUACAUGGUGCAGACGGAGGACCAGUACAGCUUCAUUCACGACGCGCUGCUGGAGGCGGUGGCCUGCGGCAACACUGAGGUGGCCGCCCGGAGCCUCUAUUCCUACAUCCAGAAGCUGGCGCAGGUGGAGAGCGGCGAGCACGUCACUGGCAUGGAGCUAGAGUUCAAGCGUUUGGCCAACUCCAAAGCCCACACGUCACGCUUCAUCAGUGCCAACCUUCCCUGUAACAAGUUCAAGAAUCGGCUGGUCAACAUCAUGCCCUACGAGACCACGCGCGUCUGCCUGCAGCCAAUCAGAGGCCUGGAAGGAUCUGACUACAUCAAUUCCAGCUUCAUUGACGGAUACAGGCAACAGAAGGCUUACAUCGCCACGCAGGGCCCUCUUGCAGAGACUACGGAAGACUUCUGGAGAAUGCUCUGGGAGAACAACUCUACCAUUGUCGUCAUGUUGACCAAACUGAGAGAGAUGGGACGGGAAAAGUGUCACCAGUACUGGCCGGCGGAGCGCUCUGCCAGGUACCAGUACUUUGUGGUUGAUCCCAUGGCGGAGUACAACAUGCCCCAGUACAUCCUCCGAGAGUUCAAAGUCACAGACGCCAGGGAUGGCCAGUCAAGGACAGUAAGGCAGUUCCAGUUUACUGAUUGGCCAGAGCAAGGUGUGCCCAAAUCCGGAGAGGGAUUCAUUGAUUUCAUCGGCCAGGUGCAUAAAACCAAGGAGCAGUUUGGACAGGAUGGACCAAUCUCUGUCCACUGCAGUGCUGGCGUGGGCAGGACCGGAGUCUUCAUCACCCUCAGUAUCGUCCUGGAGCGAAUGCGCUAUGAAGGCGUGGUUGAUAUCUUCCAGACAGUGAAGAUGCUCCGGACACAGAGGCCAGCCAUGGUCCAGACUGAGGACGAGUACCAAUUCUGCUAUCACGCAGCUCUGGAGUACUUAGGAAGCUUUGAUCACUAUGCAACGUAAAAAGCCAUCUCUUCCCCCCAGAAUCCUGUCGCCGCCCCCCCCCCCCCCCCCAACAGUCUCCUGAGCCAUAGAAACUUUGAAAUUUUAAACCAACGACAGCAGACGCCGAUAACACCAUCACUAAUUCAGACAUACCAAUUAGGAUCCUAUUGUAGAUUUUUAGAAGACGACGCCCAACCAACCAGUUGAGAAUAAUUCCAAUUCGAAUAAGAGACCCUUCGUGAGGAAGCGCGGAAAAUUGCCCAUCAUCAAGAACAGAAAACCCUCAUCAGGAGUGGAAGCAGACGCUCUGGCUCAAGCUGUGGGGCGGGUAUCGAUCAAAGUGUCAGACUGCUUACCUUACCUCAAGUGUUUCAAUGUGGAGGACAUUGUAAACAUUCGUGGAAAUUUCUCUUCUCAAAAAUAUAUCUUUGCGAUACAACGGUAACGAGCAACAGUGAAUGAAGAAGAUCAAUGAGAGGCAGAUGGAUGUAGCCAAGACGGGGUGACUUUAUUUUUUUUUUUUUUAAAGGGGUUGAAGUAUUUCUAUCAACACAUUUUGUGAGUGAUAUCCAGAGAAAUGACCAAAUUGCGGUUGCCCGUGUGAACCCAAAUGGUUUUUCCCAAAACUCUGGUAAGACAAAAAAAAAUCAAAACAGUGGAAACGUAACUCGCACGUGAACACUACCAUCUAGCAUCAAGUACACCUUGAGUUGUUUUUUACACUGUCCCACUGAUGAUAUGCAUAAUUGUGUGGAAAACACCCAACUAGUAAAGUAUACAUCACAUAACUGCCUCUUCUCGAGCGCUAAGAGCUUAGAGAUUACUCCGUCAGUGGUCUUAGGGUAGGAAGCGGCAAGAUAUAUCUUAAGAUCAGUUAGUUUCAGGAAUUGUGAACGUGUGUAAAAUCAGUAUCCCAAGCCAGGUAACCACAGUGCUGGUGAGAUACCACAGUGUAUUAGAAGUGUGCCCCUGGCGGCUCCUGUCUCAGUCGCCAGAGAAAUCGGGGGAAACCUUGACUGUUGCAAGAAGCUGCGGCCGGGUCGUCUCGCGGAUGUUCAAGGUGGGAGAAAUGGCAACCGCAUCCCAUGAUUUUUUUUACAAUCGCUCUUCUCUUUGGAACCAUUGCAUCAUGGGGCUUCGGUGUUAUUUCCACCAUUUUAAAGAAGAGAUAAAUCUGGUGGGCGAGAAGCUUUGGAACAAACGGAACAACCAAACGAGGAUUGCCGCAGAGUCCGGGCUUUUUUUGUGUACAGUGACCAACGCUCAUCAUCAUCGUUUCAAACUUUUUUUUGUCUCACGAGGAAUUUAUCUUUUUUCUGUUUUUUUGUUUAAAUUUUCUGUCAAAAAACCAAACAUGCUGCUUAUCUCGUGUAUGCUGUAAGUGUGACUCUUGAGGGAGAGGAAACUGACGAACAAAAGAUGCCAACUCUGCUAACCGCUUGCGCCGUGGCGGGUGUGACUGAAAGCGCAUCCAGAUGACAACAAGAUCGAACAGUGUUUUCACCCUCUCCUUGUUUUCCCCCCAGCCUCCUCUAUUAUCAUCUAUUCCAUUGUGUAACACACUCAAGAGUGGCGGAGGCCUGUUGCAAUUACAAAGCUGUGCGUUCAUGUGGUUAACAAAUUGGCCUUUAGUUCCACUGUAUGUGUGUUUGGUAACAGGUGGAUGAACAAAGUCGUUGCUUUGGUUUUGUCCUCCGUUUUAUAGGUGGUGUCUAUGUGGGUGACGGGCCGUAUUGAAUCUCGAUGCCAUGAUGUGAUAAUGAAAUUCUUUGGUACAACCUACUUGCACACCCUUAAGGAAAAAACAAAAGAACUCGAAACAAAAACCCCUAAAACAACUGCAAGUUUGAUUUGACGCACUAAUGUGUAUGUGUCUGAUUUUUUUUUUUUUUUAAAAACAAGGUUUUCGAAAUUACCAAGUUUUCAUUUUGAGAUCAGUGCUUUGGGACAGACGCGUGUACGGAUUCUGCGGAGGUUUCUGAGGCUGUGCACAAAAACCAGAGCGAUGGACAGAACUGCGUGUAAUCUUUUCUUAUUUCCAAAAAAGCCUUAUUGUUAUUGUAACAUUAUGAAAACAUUACUGUUGUAUUAUGAUGACUUAUUUUACAUUACAUAGUUGACUUUUUAUUUUAGUUUUGGUUUAGUUUUUUAACAGAGAUGUUGUAUCACAUUUUUUUUUUUUUAAUUAGCAGGAAAAGAGAAAUGCUUAUUUGUUCAUAUUACGUUGAAAGACAUUCUAUUUUUUCACUGUAGAAAUGUUAAGUAUAACAUGUCUGUGUGUACGUGUGCAUAUAUGUGUGUACGUAUGCAUAUAUACUGCACACUCACACAUACAUAUAUAUUUAAAUGCAGAAUAUAAAGAUAUAUCCAAACACUUAGUAUUAAUGACAUUUUUCUCCUCAUCAUCUUUUUUUUUAUACCACCCCACUUCUCAUGUUUGAAAAUAUCAGUUUUUAUUGAUUUAUUUUUGUUUGUGUAUUUGUUUUUUUGUAAUCUUAGAAAUCUUGUGCGUUUCUUAAAAAAAAAGUGGAGGUGAUGUCAGUGCUUUGCUUGAAUCACUCACCGAUGUUUGACUUCUACCCCUGGGUAGAUCCUGUGCCGAUGAGGAGAUGCCAUUUUUAAACCUUGUUGAGAUUCUUUAUUCAUUAACUUGUAGGCAUUAGUAUUCUUUUGAUUCUUUUAGCAACUGUUGAAUUAUGAACUGGUCUACGAAAUAUCUAAUCAAUCAAAACAUGUCAUAAUUGAACUUUUUUGUUUGCUAAAUCAGACCAACUUGACUUGCUGUACCUAUAUGACCAUGUACAGACUAUGACCCUCACAGUUUUGAAGAAAAAUCCUCCUACGUUUUUUCUUUUCUUUUACUUUUAAUUAUCAUUUUCUGACAUAAUGUGGUUUUCAUUCAUUUUGUUAGAUAUCCACUAUGAUCUAGAAUAUACCUGUAAAUAAACAAAUAUAUAGAUUAUAUGUAUUUGUAUCAUUUAACCCUCAAAAUCUCAUACUUUGAGUGGGAUCAGAAUCACAUGGAGGUUCUGCUCAUACACGACUUCCUGGUGUUUGUAAAGCCUGUUUUCGCUCCUUCUGAAAUGUUCUUUCUCCAGCCCUGCUCCCCGCUCUUUAAUUACCACUCGCUUUUUUCUGCCUUUAAUUUCCCCUGCUAGCAGUUAAACUGGGAAACAAGCCAGCUCCUGUUCUCACACCUAUAGCCUCAAUGAGGGCAUACAAUCAGCAUCAGCGGUCUGCUGGUAUAAUUUAGCUGAGGAUGGGAAGUUAGUCCACUCCUUAACCAUUUGAAUUGCUAAUCAACCAUCAAUUCAAAGUCCUGUUACAUUCUCAUGCUCAAUGUGGACAUUAACUUCUCCCUGCCCUGGCAUUAGCAAGCGUCUACUAGAGAGAAGACGGACCUUUUCUCUCUCACAACGUGGAACUUCAGAAACUUGAGGGGUUUAAAAAUUGAUUCUUUUUUAAUUAUUAGACGUCCUAAUCGUAAAUUCUAACAAUAAAGGGAUUUCAAAGGUGGACAUUCUUAAAUUUAUCCACUAAUGGAAAAAACAAUAGCACCCAAAGGUGAUUUUCAUUCCUUAAAUGUUUGCUACAGAGCAAGUCCCCAGCUGUCCAACUGCCUAAAAUGCCAUGGUUUAAUCCACACAUAUACCAUUGUCUUUUGGACAAAUGCAGCUAUGCUAAAGGCCAUACAUAGUUCAGUUGCAACAUGCCAUUUUUAAGUGUUGUAUAGAACCAUACCAUGUGUUUUUGUUCAGCCAUGUUUCGCUGUGGGAUGCAGAAAGAAAUCAGGA